AUGAAGCUCUCCGUGCGAGCGAUCAACAUCAACUCCUGCGCCAAGAAGGUGCAGGUCGACAACCGCCUCCCGCUCCGUUAUUACUAUCGUAUCGCUGAUAGUCUCAUCAAACAGGUACGCUUGCCCCUCUGCGAUCCAUUCUUCGCUUUCUUUUUUGAGGUGACACGUGGUUCUGAACUGUGAUCUGGAUUGUCGGAAUAAGGAUUAUUUGAUAUAUGGAUAGAGAAGGUCGAUGCUCGUAGGGAGGAGCAUGAUAAUUCUCGAAUGGUGAUAAUGAAAUGCUUAAAACAACGUUCGUCGAUGCUAAACUUUCUAACGCGUGAGAGGGUUUCCCAAGGGCAAUAUAGUGGCGUUUCGGCGAUCACGUAGAAAUGAGAAACUUUUCACACGCCAUCUUUAUCCUAAAGGACGCCGUGAGGUUGAAGAUUUGGAAGUCAUUUUUAUCAGUGUGCAAUAAUGCGAUCAGUGGACACGGCUUAUGUAUCGGCUUUGAUGCGAUCAGUGAGGAACAAUGAUGAUGCCAGGUUUAUAUAGUUCCACUUUUUCUUGUCCCUAACAGCCUGAAGAACCAUGGGAUAUUGUCCUUGAAUUCCAAAUUAACUCGUGAGAUAAGCGUGAUAUUUUUUGAGCUUGAAAUCGCAACCGUUAGGAUUCCUCUGAAACCGGUAUAAGACAUUCCAAGGCCCUUUUCUCAGAUGAUAUGAACUAACUGGAGGGAUUUCAUUGUCUCGGCUUAUGAUAACCAUUUAUGUUAUCCAGACUACGAAACUUCUGUGUUUUUCGUUGAGGAUGUAGUACCUCUUCAAUGUUCGCGUGUUGACACCUUCAGAUGUGUGUUUAGCAUCAAUUAUUCCAGAUCAAGUUUUGUCAGAUCACAGUUCACGUGUUGAAAUUAAAGGGGAAAGUUCUCGCUCAUGUUUUCUUGUGGUUAUUUGAAUUCCAUAUUAAAACUACCCGAAACUUUUCUUUAGCAUAGUUCAUUCAUUUAAACGGCAUCUGCAAAUUUUCAUUUCACACCCAUUUUUUAUUUAUUCCAGAUUGAAUUUACAGAUAUUCCAAAUUAUUUAACUUAUUUUCAGGGAUUAUGUAUCGUUUUUCCUUGACUAAUGACCUUAGUGCUUUUUUAUUUUGAUUUAUGUGAAGCACCAUUUUUUUAGGAUCUUGACUCGUUGCCUGGUUUCAGGCCAGCAUCUAUCGGGAAGAAAAGAAUCUUAUUGAUCUAUAUAUCAUCCUUCUUAGGUUUUCCAGGUAAUGGUAAAAUUUCAAUCACAGCUGCUCUAAUUUAUAUAUGAAAAUUUCAGUCUACUGCCUAAUGUAUAUUUUUGUCUUUGGAAGUGGAUUAAUCAGAUUUCUUUCUGUGUCCCGUUUUUCUUGUUUUUGGGGCCGUGAAUGCUUGUCCUAUUUCUUUACUAUUCACUUCCUAUUGCAGCCUGAUGUGUGAGACCAUACCCUUGCAUCGAGAUUACCAUCUCUUGCUUCCAAAGGAGAAGUUAGCUUUCAAGAAGGUUGGCAACAUCAUUCAGAUUAUGUAGGUUAGAUUCAUUGCAUUAUAAGGCUAAAGCUAGUCCAUACUGAUAGUUUCCACGUUGUUCUAGAAAUUGUUAGAUGUUAUAAAUGAACUGGAGGCACUGAAGCCUGUUGUUCAACGCGAAGUUGAUGAACUAAACAAAGGGCAUAUGGUUGAUCUUGGGGGAAAGAACCUUUACAAAUCUACAUCCUUCGCAGAUUGGCCAUCAACAAAGCAGCAGUUAUCAUCUAUUCCCCAUGGUGAACAGGUACAUUCUCCCCGCGACUGUUUUCGCUAUUGUAGUCUGUACGAUUCAUAGCUCUUGGUUUUCUUCCUAAAAUAGAAUUGUUCGUGUUUACGUGAAGAAGAGAAAAUUGUAGAAAGCAUUAUACACAUUGUCCUUUCUUUUCCACUGGAAUUAUUCCCAUACAUCUGGUCAAUUAAAAAUUUGUCUACAAGUUGUUCUUAUUUGUUUUCACAUGAUCACAGUCAGUGAUGAAAACUUCAUCUCAGGCCUUGUUGAAAUAUAACAAUGGAAUCAAUCAAGCGAAGUCAUCAGACCAGUUGCACGUGGGGAAGCAGUUCCCUAAGAUGUAUGUACAUUUCUUCGGAGCUUCACACCAUGGUCAUUAUUAAUUUCCUUCUAUACUUGUUAUGUUUCGUCAUCAUGACUGAAUGGAAGUCAAUAAUGGACUUUGAUAGAAAAUGCCCAAGUCCACUAUCGCAAGUCCUUGUUUCUUACUUUGCCGAUGAUUUAUGGCUUAAGAAUGCCAAAGGAGGCUUCUUAGUUAGAGAUCCAGGAUAGUUUGUCUCUAAGCAGCAUUUUCUGAUUUUUUAGGCAAAACCUGGAAUACAUAAUGCCCGUUGGAAAUCUAUGGGGGUAAAUCAAUGGAAUGAUUUACUUUUGAAGCCACCGAAAUAACGCGUGGACAACUGCUCGCUGGUUAGGCUGAUGAAAUACUUGACACUAAGGGAUUGACCAUUAGCAACCACUGACAGAAUGUGUAUUUUUAUGUACACAGCAAUACAUGGUUUUCACUGGAAGUGUUGAUUGGAAUAUAAUAUUACUUUGGAUGAUUGGUUAAACUUGUAAACCUACGGUUAACUAUUUGGUAGCAGAUGAGCUCGAUUAUUCUUGAUAAAACUUGGAAUGCCGAUGUGUUUGUUCUACCCGUUCUUGUUGAGGAGAACAUUUUUCCUGGAAACUGAGUUUCCUUAAUUAUUUUUCCUGGUUUAUAUUUGAAUUCAAGGUAACAUACACACUGUAAUAUUAUGUAGGUCCUUUAGUCUACCAAAUCCAAAGGAGGAAACACUAUCCAGACACUCAAUUUUAGGUCCGAAUGGGCUACGUGGACAACGGGGUGGAGCAAUUACUGGUAUAAGGGUAUUAAUCCUUUCAUUUAUUUUACAUACAGUUUUCUGAAGUUAACAUGAUUAAAGAGUAAUGUCUGCUUGUCAUAGAAUUUCAUCCCUCUUCCUUGUCCAGGUCCAAUAUCCCAGCAAUGUUGACAUAGCACAAGCUGAGACAUUCAGGUAGCCUGGUUCCUUUGAAUAAUACUUUUGUUCUGUAUUCUUCUGGUCUCGUCAUAAUCAACUGUUUAUUGGAACCUACGCUAUAUGCACUGUUUUUUCGACGUUCUGUGCAUUCAUAAUCAAAAUUGUACUGUCUAGAAGCAUCAGCGUAAUUUAAUGUCGUUUCGCAUUUGCAGUCUGCCACAGACAGGAGAUGCUCAUGCGUCAGAAAAAGAUGGGCUGAGGGGAAUUACCCCUGACAUGGACUCUGUUCUUUCCUUGUUUGAUGGUGGAUUGUCACUUCCUGCUCCAGAAGAAGACUUUGUUCAGCUGAUCAAGCAACCCUCUCCUCCUCCACUUCUAGCCCGAGUGCAAGAAUUGCCCAUUUUACAUCCUUCAAAAGUAGCAGAUCCAAGGCCAGGACCAGCCCAAACUUUGCAGGGGAGUUCAGAUUCUAAUACUUAUCAGAAUGUGCACCUUGUAAGCUGCUAGAGCUUUCUCUUUAAUUCACCAAUUUUUAUGGUGCAUUGGAAUCUUGCGUUGUUCUCCAAUUAGCAAUUCGUCUAAAAUCUUUAAUUAUCUAAUAUAAACUUUCACCAAGGCCAGUAGCUGACUGUGGUGUGAAUAUAUUUCGUAGCCUGUACAGAUGAUGGAGACGUUCUUGAAGAUUGCAGAGAAAAACACGAAAAGGAAUUUGGAAACUUGUGGUGUUCUUGCAGGUUCACUGGUAUGUACCAAUAAAUAUUUACCUAUCGGGUACUUCCAAUGCUCACCUUGGAUCUCCAAUAAUUGCAGAGAAACAGCAAGUUCUAUGUGACGACAUUGAUAAUUCCUAAGCAGGAGUCAACUUCUGACUCGGUAAGAUGAUCUUUUUGUCUUUCAGUUCUCAUUCUGAACAUGUUUUAUGCACAUAUCUUACGGAAGAAAACAGGCACACGUGGGUAGGGAUUGUACACAGUCUGUUAGUAGGCAAUGGGGUCAAAUACUAUUUACAAAAAUAUUGAUCUGAGAUGUAUCCAAGUGGUUAGAUAAACACUGAAUUCAACUGUUAGUAAUUACAAAGUUGUUCCAGGAGAAAUAUGAAAUGUUGGAUGCAUGAUUAUUUAUUUCUCAUUAUUCUUAUUCCUAGAUUAUGACCGCUGAUUUUUUAAACGGAACCUGUGUCGCUAUUCAGAACGAUCGUAGAUGAUUAGGUUUACUGAAAAUAAGUUUCAUCAUUUAACCAGUUGAUACUUGGUAGUUUAGUACCACUCCAAAACUGGAAUAACUUUUUCUUUGUCCCCUAGAGUUACUGCUAAAGAUUCCUGUUGCGAACAUAAACUCGAUUAAUGUAGGCCGUUUGUGAGAGCUAUAAUGCCUGUUAAGAUUAACGAACCCGGUGUGUCCUGGUAGUCCUAGUAGUAGCCUGUGUUAUUCCUCCAAUUUUUUCCAAUUUCUCCCUAAUGAAUUUUAUUCGUAGAUAAAUGUUGGCAUUAAACUCCACUUUGAUUAUGGAAAUGACGGGAUUAGGAAAAGCUAAAUGUGCUUCCUGUUGUGUAGCUGACCGCUGACCUCAGAAACAUUAAUUAAGAGAAGAAAGAUGUGAAGUGCUUGUUGCUAAGUUGUGCAUGAAUAUUUCAAAGUUGCCAUCAAUGUCUGAUUCGCCAUUUAUAUGAAACUUCAAUUUCAGUGUCAGACAACUAAUGAGGAAGAAAUAUUUGAUGCCCAGGACAAACGCUCUCUUUUCCCACUCGGAUGGAUUCACGUAAGAAAUGGAAUGAUUUCCCUUUGUUUCUAUCCAUUACUUUCCUAGCAUUUUUGUUGUUAUCAUUUAGCACAGUUAUCGUGCAUAAUUUGACUCAUAAUCUUGGGCGUGAAAUAUUUACUCCUAAGAGUAUUGACAACAUGUGAAUCGGGCAUCUGGUUUAAGAAGUGAGAGUUGUUAUCACAGGGAGAAAAAUGUAUUUUCUAUUUCCCUCAUCAUCAGGCAUGUAAACAAUACUGGCAAUCUAGAAACAACGAUCCUAUUUAUUGGGUGUUUAGGAAGCUUGGCAGUAUGGAUUUGUCAUUUCUGCAGCCAUUUAUGCAGUCAUGUAGACCACAUAAUCGUUCUGUUUUCACCAUACUCGACUUCCAUUCCCUUCCAGUGAAUGUUCCCUUUAUUCGGCUCCCUUUAUUUCCGUUCAUGAAGGCAGCUUAAGAGCACAUUUUACAUAGGAGAACCUCUUUGUUCGAAUUCCUCCUGGAAACUAGUGAGAAGAUGGUUCUUUUCUUCAGAGCUUGCUUAUCUUUUCUACCAACUUGGGCGUUAGUGCCUUUUCUUCAAUACUCUCCCUAAAGCAAGCCAUCCUGGUUCAAGUGACGAGUCAGUUCUUUGCUCAACGGCCUGACGUGGAAUGAUUCACUUGGAGCACUUUAGUUUGUGCUCCUGAAUGAUUUUUUUUAAUUUUUUUUCUUCUUCUGACCGGCCUGUUAUAUUUUCGCUCUGGCAUGUGCAUGAAUGCAAGCUAUGGCUAUUUCCCGGCGCAUUAAGUGGCGUGAUGUGGGGAAUACCAUUUACCACAUUGUCUGUUUAGGAUAAUGCCGCUCUCUUCAUCCUAGAUAAUACAGCUUUAAUAGAGCUUUUCUCAAUUCUGACUCUGUCAUCUUCCCCUGCAGACACAUCCAACGCAGACCUGCUUUAUGUCAUCGGUUGACCUUCACACUCAUUACUCGUAUCAGGUGGUGGACUCCCCCCGGUUGUUAUUUCGAAUAAAGUGUUGACUUUUGAUUACUAAAAUGAUUCGUACUUCAAAUUCGACUCCCUCACUUAUUCGAACGAGAAUUUUGACUUUUGCAGCCUGCUUUUUACAAGUUCUGUAUAUCUAUCUGGACUCGAUUUUGUUUUCUCCUAGCAUAUGGUCAACUACCCUACCCUUUUUCGUUUGUCGUCCACAAUUAUUUUCAUAAACCAUAGAAUGCUUUCAAAUCAUGGGCCACGAUUUUCUGGCCUCUUCAUGACCUCCCCAUAGUUUCCUCCAAUAAACGAAGAUAUCCAAUUCUGUUUACCAAACUCGGUGGAGAAUCCGGAAGUCGAAUUUACUCUCUAUAAUCAAGUUCCCACGAGUUCAUAUCCCCACUGUUUCGUUCCUUUUUCCGGGGAAAAGCAAGCCAAGCCUUCAGUAAAACGCUUUUCUGUCGCUAGCUUUUCAACCCAGAUCUUUUAUUAUUCACAUGCUUCACGACGUUGAUAAAAAAAAUACAGAUCCCAACUUGAUGCUUUCUUUUUUUCUUGUCAUAACACUCCCCGUUUAAUUUAUUUUUUAAAAUGUAUGUUCAUAAUGCAUUUGUUUGACAGGUCAUGUUACCAGAAGCCAUCGCGAUUGUCAUGGCACCCACAGAUACAUCAAGGUUAGCGUCGCUUCUCAUUUCUGGUGCAUCAAAUGAAGAGAACCUUACGAAUUUCGAAUAAAAAUGCAGAACCCAUGGCAUCUUCCACCUAUCAGAUCCCGGGGGUGUCUCUGUAAUACGCAAUUGCCAACAGCGCGGAUUCCAUCCCCACGAGGAACCUGCAGACGGCAACCCCAUCUAUGAGCACUGCUCACAUGUGUACAUGAACCUUCACCUGGAGUUUGAGGUCCUGGAUCUCCGCUGA